CUCUCUCUCUCUCGCUCUCUUCACACACCUCAACAACCCAAAACCCAACUAAUUCCAAGGUCAAAAACAGAUCUUUCCGCUCUCUCUCUUUCAUGGCCGCCAAGAAGAGGACUAGUAAUAAAUCAACAACGACUCACCAAUCCCCUCUAUUUACCGCAACUCGGUCCUAGCAUUCCACACUCAAAACCCACAUAAAUACCCAAACCCAACCCAUCUCUCUCUCUCUCUCUCUCUCUCUGGGUUUGUGUGUUCCACUUCUAUUAGUACUCCACAUUUCCCAAACCCGCCCCUGUUCUCUUCUCUCUCUCCCCAUAACUCUAACAUUCUCUCUCUCUAAAACCCCACCUCCAGCUCAAACAGAAGAGCAUUUGGAGAUCUGGGUUUGGGGCCUCUCACAUGGGGAGCAAAUGGAGGAAAGCCAAGCUCGCGCUAGGGUUGAACCUCUGCGUCUAUGUUCCAACGACGUUGGGCGACGACGACUCCCCGCCGCCGUCCGAUGCCGCUCUUCUCUCGCCGUCGGUGAUGUCUCCGGCGACGUCGGUGACGUCACCCCACGGGCUCAGGCUGUCUAGGAGCUUCAGCAGGUCUUCUAACAAGAAAACUUGCUCGAUAUGUUUAGCCACAAUGAAACGUGGAGACGGCCAUGCAAUUUUCACCGCAGAAUGUUCUCACUCCUUCCAUUUCCACUGUAUUGCCUCAAAUGUGAAACAUGGCAACCAAAUUUGCCCAGUCUGCAGAGCAAAGUGGAAGGAAAUCCCCUUGCAACAGGUUCCCGCUUUUGAUCCUCUGCCUGAAAAGGCAAGAAUCAGUCCGCUAGACUUGCCCCUAAAUAACCCUUUGAUGACAGUAAUCCGCCGAUUACCCUCUCGCCCAAAUUCCAAUCGGAUCGUACCCCCACUAUUUCAAGCUCCUGAGCCAGCUGUCUUUGACGAUGAUGAACCCCUAGAUCAUCAAACCAAUCUCAUUGGCAGAAACUCAUCAAAUACAAAAGCUGCAGAUGAUAAAGGUUUCCAAAGGACGAUAAAGAUCCAAACAUUCCCUGAAGUUCCAGCUGUCCCACGCUUCAAUUCUCUUGAUAACUUCACCGUUCUAGUCCACCUCAAAGCUCCUCUUUCGAUUUCAGGACAAAAUCCCAACAGAAACCAAAGUAACUAUCCAGAAAUUUCUCGGACUCCUCGCACUCCGGUCGACCUUGUGACUGUACUGGACAUCAGUGGCAGCAUGGCAGGGACCAAACUCGCUUUGCUAAAGCGGGCAAUGGGGUUUGUGAUUCAGAAUCUUGGCCCAAAUGACAGGCUGUCAGUUAUUGCCUUCUCGUCAACAGCUCGUCGCCUCUUCCCCCUCAGAAGGAUGACCGAAACAGGAAAGCAACAAGCAUUGCAAGGUGUUAACUCUUUAGCUGCUAAUGGUGGGACGAACAUCGCCGAAGGGUUGAGAAAGGGUGCAAAGGUAAUGGAAAACCGAAGGGAAAAGAACCCUGUUGCCAGUAUUAUACUGUUGUCUGAUGGACAAGACACAUAUACCGUCAACAGUUCUGGCAGCAACAAACAAGAACCAAAUUACCAGUUGCUUUUGCCUUUGUCCAUUCAUGGAAAUGAAAAUGCAGCGUUUAAGAUUCCGGUGCAUGCUUUUGGGUUCGGCGUGGAUCACGAUGCUUCGUCGAUGCACUCAAUUUCAGAGAUUUCCGGAGGGACUUUCUCUUUCAUAGAAACAGAAGCCGUGAUGCAGGAUGCAUUUGCACAGUGCAUUGGGGGUCUUUUGAGUGUUGUGGUAAAGGAGCUACAAGUAUGUAUUAAGUGCGUCCACCCUAGUCUCAGCAUAAGCUCAUUAAGAGCCGGAAGUUACCCCAACCGUUUGAUGCCUGAUCGGUGCACGGGGUUUAUAGAUGUCGGAGACUUGUAUGCCGAUGAGGAGAGGGAUUUUCUUGUCUCCGUCAAUGUCCCAGCCGACUUCUCAAGCACGGAAACUUCAUUGAUCAAGGUGAGAUGCGUUUGCAACGAUCCUUUUUCUAAAGAGACAGUAGCUUUAGAAAGUGAAGAAGUUAGGAUUAAGAGGACAGAAAUUGCUAGACAAGAGUCGGUGUCGAUAGAAGUGGAUAGGCAACAGAACAGGCUCCAAGCAGCUGACGCAAUGGCGCGAGCACGAUUGGCGGCCGAGCAGGGUGACCUCGCCAGUGCGGCCUCAAUUCUCGAGAGCUGCCGUAGGGUUUUGUUGGAUACCGUAUCGGCUAAAUCCAAUGACAGGCUUUGCAUUGCGUUGGAUGCUGAGCUCAAAGAGAUGCAGGAAAGGAUGGCCAGCAGGCACCUGUAUGAGGCGUCGGGAAGGGCUUACAUCCUUUCGGGACUUAGCUCUCACUCGUGGCAAAGAGCCACAGCAAGGGGUGACUCAACAGACGGUUCAAGUCUCGUUCGCGCGUAUCAAACCCCGUCGAUGACUGAGAUGCUUAAUCGGUCUCAAGCUACGUCGCUGGGGAGUCCAUUAACUCAACGGCUUGUACGACCAGUAUGGUCAUUUGCCUCGCAACCAAAGCUGAGGUAAUGGUUUGGGCCAGGGAUGCUCUGUCUCCAAAAUUCAAUGUCCCUUGUCCCAAUGCACUCCCAGACCACUCCCAGAUGCAUUAUAUGGAGGGAAUGUCUGAACUCGAGGCAUAACCGCACGCCUUGGGAGUGUAUUGGGACAAAAAGACAUGUAUUUGGGGGACCGGAGAUGAUCUUGUGCCAUGUUUUGGGGGGCUUCAUGGAUUCAGAUGCCUCCCUAUUUUUGAAAGUAUUUUUGUUUUGGGGUGGGGAUAAAUUGGAAAGAUGAGAGUGUUUUUGACUGUCAAUAUUGUUGUUGUCUUGUAUAUGUGGGGGGAUAAAGUGAGUAAAGGGGUGUAAGGGUACGUCUGUAAGUGGAGCAAAGGAGCUCUGGUUAGGACUUACAACUUCUUGUUUUGCAUUUUUACUCGUCCUUUGUUGUUGUUGGGGGUGAUGUACAAAAGAGGUUUUCCUUAGAGAUGUGGGUACAAGUGUUUGUGAUAUUUGUGGGGGAUAGUUGGGGUUAAGUCUUCACCUUAUGUAUAAGAUACCUGCAAUGUGAUUCUUUUCACAA